UCGUUAAUUCGCCUUUGACAAUUCACGACACUUUUGAACAUGUUAUAAACAUUCCUAGCAGUUUAAGCGUUCGAACACAUGGAUAAAAUACGCUUAGUAAUCUUGGAAAAGAUCGGGUAAAGGAACCUUUGGGAAUUCACUUAAUUUGGUGAGUGGCAGCGCAGCCCUGUCCGUGGAAAGUCCACAUGUAUCGCUUARCAUUUGAAACCUGCUGCUCGCGAAGUGUGGCUCCGUAUCGAUUUCACACAUGACAUCAACUGUAAAAGGGGUAGUUCCUUAUCAUAUUAAACGAAUCAGUCAAGAAGCUUCCCGACAAAGCCGGGAGAGAGCAGUUCUGUAGUUUCCUACACAAUGUAUAGUCGAGGAUUUGGGUACCCCAACCAGGGCUACAAUCAGUACAACACACCUUAUCCAGGAUCUCCGCAAGGACAACCUCCUCAUCAYUACAGACCGUACAUCUAUAACACUCCACGUUAUAGCUUCAAUGCUUUUCCYCCACCAAGUUCUACUCCUUCCUACAAUCAUAUGCCUCCACUUCCAUACGCCCCAGAGGGACGAAUGGUGGAAGUGUCUUCCAAGCAUGAAUAUGAACCAGUACACCAUCAAGUUAUUGAACCACAAAUGCGGCCACAACUUCAAGUACAACCAAGACCAUUAAUGCAACAACCAUGUAAUGCGCGCAGCACUAGUUCUGAAGUGCAAGAGCUGGAAAACGUAGCAGACAAGACGGAGAAAUUAGCGGAAAAUUGCCAAGAAGCUGAAGAAGAUGCUGAAGACCUCUACGACGAUCAACCAAAAGGCAARAAAAGAAAAGAAAGAACUGCUUUUACUACGCAUCAAUUACGAGAACUUGAAAAUGAAUUUACCCGUAAUAACUACUUGACAAGACUUCGUCGAUAUGAAAUAGCAGUUAGUCUGGACUUAACAGAGAGACAAGUUAAAGUUUGGUUUCAAAAUCGGCGGAUGAAGUGGAAGAGAGUCAAAGGCGAAAAGAAACCCGAGAAAAAAUCUACGUAUUUACUCCAGAUUGAACGAGAAAAAAAAGUUGAUAAGGAAAGCAGCUCUAAUAGUUAAAUAUUAAACAUUGGACAAAAAUAUAUACUUUGUACUAGGCUCGAACCUUGUUUAGAAAAGACACUCGUUCACUUGGAUUGGACUUCAUGGCCGCCAUGCUGGAUUAUGUUAUUAUUGAACAUGGCAGCCAUCACUUUCGUUACGAUUUUGUUCAAUUGAACUAAUGGCAUCCCAGUAAUUUGAUGAAAUAGGUAUCGUGUAUCUUUUACGAGAAUGAAUAUUUUCAUACUUAAAUGAUAUCGAUGACAGCGUCGCGCUGUGAAUGCUCGAUAGGACAUAUAAAUAACAUGCAAUUCCAGCAACUGAGCUCCGUGUUGGAGCAGAAUCACAAGGGACUGAGGCACGUGUUUGCGCGAUUUCGCUACUAUUUAGCUUGAUAAAAACURCAUUUAAAUCGAAUAAGCUUCCCAGUGAAGAAAGCAAACAUACCCGCCAAUAAGACCUUUCCGUUUGAGCGUAAUGGCGUAAUGCUUUCCCCCCGUUUUAGAYCACGUGUCAUUCUCUUGAAAAUAAAAUCAGUUCAUGCGUCUUAUCAUGCGUACCGGUUAAACAAAGAAGCGAUACUCUUUGGAAUGACACAUGGUCUGAAAUGGGAAAAAAAAUAAAAGGUCUUUUGGUUACGAUAUUUAGAAAGAAACUUAGGAUAUGCCUACAUCAUAUAUAUGCCUAAAUCAUAUUGAUACUAAGCUAAACAGUUCCCUUAAUUCUGAUUAAGCUUGGAACAAAAAAGUUUGAUGCCUAGGUCGUGGUCUGACCAUGAAUCCUUUGGUGUUURUUAUGCAUUUGGAAUUAUAGAGUUUGAAAUCGCU